AUGCCUCGUGACAAUAUUCCGAAAACAUCAUUGAGAAAACUUCAACAAUUCUUCACCAAAACUCUCGAUACAAACAAUGAUGGUCUUGUUAACUGGACUGACUUCGAGGCUGCUAUUGAGUCCAUUGUUCCGGCCGUAGAUGCCGCAAAAAAUGCACGAUUGAAAAUCUUACGUAAACGUACCGAACAACAUUUUCAAAAAUAUUUUUGGGAUUUAUGUGCUAUCGGUGAUGCUAACAAUGAUGGAAAUAUCGAUUUAGACGAAUGGCUUGAUGUCAUGAAUGAUAUUAUUGGUGGUUUAAAGGACAAAAAUGAAUUUCCUGAAUGGUAUGAAGGAUUACAUAAGGCUUUAUUUCGUGCCAAUGAAUUUUUAGACGAACGAGCUGUAUCAAGAUCGGAAUUCGCUAAUAUGCUUCUUUCAUGGGAUAUUGACGAAGAAAAUGCUUCAAAAGCUUAUGACUUUGUUACUGAUCAUGGCAAAAAGAAAAUGGAUUACAAUCUCUUCUCAGAAUUUAUGAAAAAAUUCUUUCUCAAUGAAACACCCAAACAUCCAUUAAAUCUUGGCCUUGAUUAA